GAGGAGGAAGAGGAGGAAGAGGAGGAGGAGGAGGAAGAGGAGGAGGCUCGGUCUGUGCUCGGGCUCUGUCGGACACAAUAGCCUCUCAGCUCCUUCUUCUCCUCACAGAACCGCAUCGUCCUCCAUGGCCUGGGCUCUUGGUCGUUCACACUGAGCGGCUCCGGGAGGGGCAGGAUGGAGGCCGGGGGUCUCCUCAAUGGCUUCGGCCCAUCGGGGCAGAGUGAAGCGGAGUUGACCCAUCUGUGCCGGAGCCUGGAGGUCGGCACCGUCAUCACCCUCUUCUACUCCAAGAAGUCCCAGAAGCCGGAGCGGAGAACCUUCCAGGUGAAGCUGGAGACCAGACAGGUGACCUGGAGCCGGGGGGCCGACAAGGUGGAGGGGGCAGUGGACAUCAGGGAGAUAAAGGAGAUUCGGCCGGGGAAGAAUUCUCGGGAUUUCGAUCGUUACCAGGAAGAUGCUACGGUGCGGCUGGAGCCGGAUCACUGCUUUGUUAUCCUCUAUGGAACAGAGUUCAGACUGAAGACCUUGAGCCUGCAGGCGACAUCAGAGGAAGAAGUGAACAUGUGGAUCAAAGGGUUAAACUGGCUGCUCCAGGACACACUCCAGGCCCCCACACCGCUGCAGGUAGAGAGGUGGCUGCGGAAGCAAUUCUACUCUCUAGACAGAAAUCGUGAGGACAAGAUCUCUGUAAAGGACUUGAAGAACAUGUUGUCCCAGGUCAACUACAGAGUCCCCAACAUGAGGUUUUUACGGGAUCGGCUCACGGAAGUGGAGCAGAGGAACCAGGAGAUUAACUACGCCCAGUUCGCUCAGCUCUACCGAUCCCUUAUGUACAACGCACAGAAGACGAUGCCGCUUCCGUUCCUAGAAAGGGGCGGAGAGCGGCCGGAGCUUUACCGAGUGUCCUUACUGGAUUUCCAGAGUUUUCUGUUUGAGUAUCAGAAGUGGACUGCUGGGACGGGCCAGAUGGGAUGCCGGUGAUCUAUCAUGGACACACCCUGACCACCAAAAUCAAGUUCUCGGAGGUCCUCCUGACCAUUAAGGAGCACGCCUUUGUGACGUCUGAGUAUCCGGUUAUCUUGUCCAUUGAGGACCAUUGUAGCAUAGCCCAGCAGAGGAACAUGGCCCAGUACUUCAAGAAGGUAUUUGGGGACAAUCUGCUGACCAAACCCGUGGACGUCAAUGCCGAUGGAUUGCCGUCACCGAACCAUCUGAAGCGCAAAAUUCUGAUCAAGCACAAGAAGCUGGCGGAGGGCAGCACCUACGAGGAGAUCCCCACGUCCACCGUGUACGCCGAGAACGACAUCAGCAACUCCAUCAAGAACGGAAUCUUGUACCUGCAGGAUCCCAUAAAUCACGAAUGGUAUCCGCACUUCUUCGUACUUACAAGCAGCAAAAUCUACUAUUCAGAGGAGACGACCGGCGGCCAAACCAACGAUGAUGAAGAGGAGCAGAAGGAGGUCAGUAACAGUUCUGAGCUUCACUCGGCCGAAAAAUGGUUCCACGGUAAACUUGGCGCGGGCCGGGACGGACGCCACAUCGCCGAGCGCCUCCUGACCGAUUACUGCAUCGAGACCGGGGCCCCGGACGGCUCUUUCCUAGUGCGGGAGAGCGAGACCUUCGUGGGGGAUUACACACUGUCCUUCUGGAGAAACGGGAAAGUCCAGCAUUGUCGGAUCCACUCCAGGCAGGAGGCCGGGAGCCCCAAAUUCUUCCUGACCGAUAAUCUGGUGUUCGAGAGUCUGUACGCGCUGAUCAACCAUUACCAGCAGAUGCCGCUACGGUGCAACGAGUUCGAGAUGAGGCUGACCGAGCCCGUGCCGCAAACCAACGCACACGAGAGUAAAGAGUGGUAUCACGCGAGCCUCACCCGGACGCAGGCGGAGCACAUGCUGAUGAGGGUGCCGCGGGACGGCGCCUUCCUGGUCCGUAAAAGGAGCGAGCCCAACUCUUACGCCAUCUCAUUCAGAGCGGAGGGGAAGAUCAAGCACUGCCGGGUGCAGCAGGAGGGGCAGAGCGUGGUGUUGGGCAGCUCCGAGUUCGACAGCCUGGUGGAUCUCAUCAGUUAUUACGAGAAGCAUCCGCUGUACCGCAAGAUGAAGCUGAGAUACCCCAUCAACGAGGAGACGCUGGAGAAGAUCGGCACCAAUGAACCAGAUUACGGGGCGCUGUACGAGGGGAGGAACCCUGGAUUCUAUGUGGAGCCCAAUCCCAUGCCGGCAUUCAAGUGCUCAGUUAGGGCCCUGUUUGACUAUAAAGCUCAGCGAGAGGAUGAACUCACUUUCACAAAGAACGCCAUCAUCCAGAACGUGGAUAAGCAGGAGGGCGGAUGGUGGAGAGGAGAUUACGGGGGUAAAAAGCAGAUGUGGUUCCCUUCCAACUACGUGGAGGAGAUCUUCAGCCUGCCCGAGCCUGAGCCCGAACGACCGCACCUGGAUGAGAAUAGUCCUCUGGGCGAUCUCCUCGGUGGGAUCCUGGACGUGCCAUCAUGUCAGAUCGCGAUCCGCCAUGAGGGGCUGAACAACCGUCCGUACGUCUUCUCUAUAAACGUCCCGUCCGUCCCCCGGAGUCCUCUGGACGUGGCCGCUGACUCGGCAGAAGACAUGCAGGACUGGGUGCGCAAGAUCCGGGAGGCCGCUCAGACCGCCGACGCUCGGCUGACAGAGGGCAAAAUCAUGGAGCGGAGGAAGAAGAUCGCACUAGAGCUGUCAGAGCUGGUCAUCUACUGCCGGCCCGUCCCCUUCGAUGAGGAGAAGAUCGGCACGGAGCGGGCGUGUUACCGGGACAUGUCCUCAUUCCCCGAAACCAAAGCGGAGAAGUAUGUGAACAAGCAGAAGGGCAAGAAGUUCCUGCAGUACAAUCGGCGGCAGCUCUCCCGUAUAUACCCCAAAGGCCAACGCUUGGAUUCCUCCAACUACGACCCAUUGAACAUGUGGAUAUGUGGCAGCCAGUUGGUGGCGCUCAACUUCCAGACACCAGACAAGCCCAUGCAGAUGAACCAGGCUCUGUUCCAGUCCGGCGGCCGCUGCGGUUACGUGUUUCAGCCGAGCAGCAUGAGAGAAGAAAUGUUCGACCCGUUUGACAAAUGUUCCGUUCACAUCGAGCCGAUCAUCAUCUGUGUGGAGAUCCUGGGUGCAAGACAUUUACCCAAAAACGGCCGAGGGAUCGUGUGCCCCUUUGUUGAGGUGGAAGUUUGUGGGGCAGAAUAUGACAAUGCCAAAGUCAAAACAGAGAUAGUAGUGGACAAUGGUCUGAACCCCGUCUGGCCCCAGAAGCCCUUCCAGUUUCUUAUCGCCAAUCCAGAGUUCGCCUUCCUGCGGUUUGUGGUCUAUGAAGAAGACAUGUUCAGUGAUCAGAACUUUCUGGCCCAGGCGUCCUUUGUGGUCCGCGGGCUGAAAACAGGUUUCAGAGCCGUCCCCCUGAAGAACAAUUACUCAGAGGACCUGGAGCUGGCGUCACUUCUCAUCCGGUUAGACAUCUACUCCAGUAAGCAGGAGAAUGGUGAGCUGAACGGGGCCUCUGCACCCCGGGAGCGCGUCAGUGAUUCCUCCGGGAGGCUGCGCGAGGGCUUCGUUGAUUCUUCUCGAUAUGCUGCGCACCAGAUGGAUGAUUUCCGAAUCCCUCAAGAAUUUACAGAUGGUUUAGAUAGAGACAAGAGGGUCCCUCGGAAGACGCGUCUGAGCGGAGAUAACAGACUUUAACCUCCAGGACGCUCGUAGACAGAGGCCGAUGCGGUUACAAGAAUCCAUCUUGGCCCCUGUUGCUGCGGAUACCAGUGCCUCCACGUGGACGCCGCUGCCAGGCAGCGCGGUUUUUGCACAUUUAGUGUCACGAUUUCACACGGACCCCGGACAGGGUCAUUUUCUCGCUUUUAGUGUUUCAGACGUUUCCGCUGAGGGAACCAUAAAACUGUCGGAACGUUUCCUCUCUGUAACGAACGCCUUGUAUAUUACUAUGGCGGCCGCGCCCAGACACCUGGUCACAUGAUCUUCUGUCGGAGAAGGAAGAAGCUAAAGGAUAAUUUGUAUCCAUGUUCCAGGUAUUGUUCAGGUUCCGCACCACAUUCCGGGGACUGAAGAUUCCGUUUUUUUUGCGUUGCGCCGCCGCCUCGCCGUCGUACUGAUGGAUUCCAUUGCAAGUUUUUCUUUACAUUUCAUCCUUCACUGGACUGUUUGGCUUCCGGUUGCGUUUUGCUCCCAUCUUCAUAAAACCAGCAAAUCCGGGCGGUUAAAGCGCGAGGAUGGCGCCGCCAUUGACUACAAGGGAGGUUUUCAGGACCAAGGAAGUUGCUAUCGGAGGACCCCUUUAAACCCCUAAUAAGUGUUCAGCUGUUUGUUUUAUACUUUACUACAGUGGUCACCAAACUGUGGACCCUCCCAGAUGCUGCAAAACUACAACUCCCAGCAUGCCCGUACAGCCAACGGCUGUCCGGACAUGCUGGGAGUUGUAGUUUUGCAACAGCUGGAGGCAUGGACUAUGCUUGUAUUAAUAAGUCUAUGCCAGUGUCUUCCAACUAAGGCACCUCCAGCUGUUGCAAAACUACAAGUCCCCACCUCCAGAGGAUCCGCACUGUCCCUGAAAGGUAAAUCAAGACUUUCCUCUCACCAGCCUUUGGCUGUCCGGGCAUGCUGGGAGUUGUAGUUUUGCAGCAGGUGGAGGCCCACAGUUAGAGAUUGCUGCUGUAGCUCUCCAGCCGUUGCAAAACUACACUACCCAGCA